UUUAACGAUGACGGCGGCGACAACGACGAUAAUGAUGACGACGUAAGACAUAAGCUUUGUUCUUUCAAUUCGAUCGCAGUAAAUUGAUACGUUUUGAUCUCGCUCAUCAUUCUUCAGAAAUCUAAACAUCAUUUUUUUUUCCUUUGAAAAAUAGCUCAACAUUCGAAUCAAUUGACAUAUUAAUAACUUAAUAGAUGUGAAUGGUGGGAAAGAUCGAAAGGAAAAUCUUCGAUGAGUAACAUGCAUGUUAUUUUAGAGGUUAUAACGUGCUUUCAUAUAACACGAUCUCUGUCUUUAUAUCACCCUACUCAGUAUAUAAUUUCAACUUCUCCGUAACCAUUGACAUAACGAGGUAUAAAAAUAGAUAUUUCGUGGCUCGACUCGCAUGUAAGAAUCUAAGGAAUGAACGGAGAUUGUGUCAAAAAUGACGUAUCUCAGAGGCAUGGCUCGUAAGUGCUGCCCUCACACGAUUAAGUAAGUUAUUAUUACGUUUCCAGCGAGGGAACUUUGAACUGUUUUACUCUCGUUCGAGUUUUCAAGGCCUUUUCUUCGAUUACUCAGCAAAUUUACAAACGUGCUUAUACUUACAUAUAUACGUAAUAUAUACGUAUAUCAAACUUUAAAGAAUACGUAUAUCAAACUUUUAUUCUUUGUUUUGUUCUUUUGCAAUCCUUUCAAUAAAAAUUAUAUUGUCCUUAUGAAAUGUCAUUUAAGAACAAGCUUCGUCCGAACGAUAUUGUAAAUAUGUAUUUAAAAACUGUUACUCCAUGAGUUCCGUUUCUUCGAUGCAUUUACGUAACAACUAACAAUAACAACCAGCGCGCAUUCUCGAGACAAUUUUUCCAAUGAAACCUCGCGAGUAUCAGCGAUCGAAAUUCACUUUUAUUUCGCAACGUACCGUCAAGAUUCGAGGAAAACUGGUUAUUUCAGUAUUGAAAGCCAUAUUCAGUUGGUAAUAACGUUUUGGCAAAUACUGAAUACUGUUGUAAUUAAUCAUACGAAUAUAGAAUCUUGUUCGCGUCAUAUUAUUCGGCGUUCAAUAUGUUACGAGAUGGAAUUUUUCAAAGAACGAUUUGAAAAAGUUGUUUUUAAUAUUUCGUUUCACUAUCGGCAGAGUCGAAAGAUUAAAAAAUACUCAAAGGAAUUCUUUUUAUUCGCUCGUCCUAAAGUACAGUAUUUUGAAAAGGAAAAAAAGAAAAAGAGGGAAGAGAGAAAAACAAAUAUCUACAUAAAAAUAUCCAAUCCCUAGAAUUAAAAUAUUUAUCUCGAUGUUUCCAUAAAAACGUUGGAUUAAAGCAUGUAGGAUUAAUUCGAGAAAGAGACAUUAAACGCUUUCUCCCGGUCGAACGGAAAUUUAUUAUUCCAAAUAAAUUUCAACUAUCUAUACGAAAUUAUUCUCGAACAUCGAACUUUUUCCGACUUCGUUUUCAAUAUAAAUCGAGUUCGUCGUAGCAUAUAAUUCAUCCGAAUCAAAAAUUAUUUUGUCCUACGUAUGUAAAUAGCAAAGGAUUACAAAAAAAAAAAAAAAGAAAAAAACAGAGAAAGACAGGAGAAAAUUCUCGUUGGAUUCUUGUACCGUCUUUGCUUAGAGAACGCGUAUGUGGGACGUAAUCUAAUUUUUAGAAUGUAAAAUAUCAAAGGAACGAGGAGUAUUAACUCGUCACAGAGAGGUAAAUAUAUAACGUUGGUGUAGUAGUAUGAAGGGAAGAGACGUUAUCAAGUAUCGCGAAAGAAAGAGAGAAAAGAUGAAAGUAAAGGGAAAGGGAGAAAAGGGUCGUGUAUUACAUUCUCUUAUCUUUUCGGACGUGUAUCGCCUUUAAUUAGCUCGUACUAAUUCUCUGUGUGCGUUGGAUAAAUAUUAUGGAAUUGUGUACACAUACACAUACGCGCGCGCGUACGUUUGUAUGUGUGUUAUAUGGUGUAUAUUCACGUAAGAGAAAAGAAAGAAGGAAAGAAAGAAUAUUCAGGAUACGAGUAUGGUUCAGUCGUGAAAUACUAAUACGAAAUUAUCAGAUGUAGGUCCGUAAGGGUAGUCGUGUAAUAUCGUUUCAAAUUAAACGAAAGCUACGACAAUGAGAGAAAGGUGGAAAGGGUGAUCGCAUUUUCAAAGCCGAUGAAACACGACCAGUCAUCGUAGGUACAAAUAAUAUAUAUAUAUAUACAUGCUUACAUAGGUAUAUAUAUAUACGUCCGUAUUUCGUAUAGGAAAUGAUACUCGCAUAUUGGCAUACCUAUUUUGAUCGUAGCGCGUGGCGUGUGUUUUAUUGAAUAGUGUCGCUAGCGUUACGCGUUGUGUAUCGAGUGAAAACGAGUCGACUUCGUUUCUCAAUAGUUUAUUGUUACCCGUUGUGUUCUGUCGAUGUUGGGUAAAAGGGAAUGAGAAAGAGACAAAAAAAGGCGGAAAGACCUCGAUGACGACUCUCGAUGAGAACGUGAAUCCUGUACCCCGGGAGUUUCAAGCAAUGGAUAAAAUAGAUUACUUAGGACGAAGAGAACGCAUAGAGGCAGCAUCUAUGAACAACCAAAAUGAAAAUAUAACAGAAUUUGGAUAUCCGGUACAAGUGGUGCUUGCACAGCCUGACCAUACUUUUGAAUUAGAUGAAGAAGCAUUAUCCAAAAUUCUACUUCACGAUGACAUAAAAGAUAGAAGUGUUGUUGUCGUGUCCGUGGCAGGUGCAUUCAGGAAGGGCAAAAGUUUUCUACUCGACUUUUUUCUUCGUUAUAUGAAUGAUAAGUACAGUAAGGGAAAAGGUUCAGAUUCUUGGUUGGGAAAAGACAAUGAACCUUUAAAGGGAUUCUCAUGGAGAGGAGGUUCCGAAAGAGAUACUACAGGAAUAUUAAUGUGGUCACAUGUUUUUCCUGCAACUUUACCAAAUGGAGAAAGAGUUGCUAUAAUACUAAUGGAUACGCAAGGUGCUUUUGAUAGUCAAUCAACUGUUAGGGAUUGUGCUACAGUGUUUGCAUUAAGUACGAUGUUGUCUUCUGUACAAAUUUACAAUUUAUCACAGAACAUCCAGGAAGAUCAUCUUCAACAUUUGCAACUUUUCACUGAAUAUGGUAGACUAGCUUUGGAAAAAUCAGGGAGUACACCCUUUCAAAGAUUGCAGUUCCUAGUAAGAGAUUGGUGUUAUCCAUAUGAAGCUGAUUAUGGGGCAGAAGGAGGACAGAAAGUAUUGCAAAGAAGAUUAGAAAUAUCUAAUAAGCAACAUCCAGAAUUACAAAGUUUAAGAAAGCACAUAAAAUCUUGCUUUUCGGAUAUAUCAUGCUUCCUUAUGCCUCAUCCAGGCUUGAAAAUCGCCACAAAUCCCAAAUUUGAUGGUAGACUAUCAGAAAUUGAAUCAGAGUUUAAAGAACAGUUGAAAGUUCUUAUACCAAUGAUACUAGCACCAGAAAAUUUAGUUACAAAAAAAAUUGAUGGCCAAGUUGUAAAAGCCAGAGAUUUGCUUGAAUAUUUCAAAAGUUAUAUAAAAAUUUAUAAAGGAGAUGAAUUACCAGAACCUAAAAGUAUGCUUGUUGCGACAGCAGAAGCUAAUAAUCUGUCAGCUGUAGCUGAGGCGAAAGAUGUAUAUUUACAAUCGAUGGAAAGUGUUUGUGGAGGAAUCAAACCGUUUUUACCAACUGCUCUUCUAGAUGCAGAGCAUCAACGGUGUAUGGAUAGUGCUAUACAUCAUUUUCAGAAUAAACGAAAAAUGGGUGGAGAUGAGUUUAGUCAGAUGUACAUGGAAAAAUUAAUGAAGGAUAUGGAUGAAGCUUAUCUUCAAUUCAAAGCGCACAAUGAAAGUAAAAACAUUUUUAAGGCAGCACGAACUCCUGCAGUGUUUCUCGUGAUAGCAGUCACUAUGUAUAUUUUAUCUGGUAUAUUUGGACUAGUUGGUUUAUACACUAUAGCGAAUACAUGCAAUGUGAUUUUGGGCGUUGGAUUACUUACAUUCGUUUUUUGGGCAUAUAUAAAGUACAGCGGUGAAUUCCACCAAAUGGGUACGCGAAUAGAUGAACUAGCAAAUGCUAUAUGGGAAAAUUUCAUGAAAGUACUUUAUCAACAAAUUGUGAAGAGGUCAGUUUCUGUAGCAGUGGUAGCGCAGGCUGCUGAAUUGGCAACAAACACGACAAUGAACGCCACUAUCACUGCCAAUGGCAAACCAAAAGUAUCAUAAUAAUCAUUCCCUCCAUUUCCAGAUAUUUUAGAUGCAUGAAAGCAUACGUCAGUAAAUUAACACCAAUAAGUGGCAUAACAAAAUUUUUUGAUAUGUUUUGCUGUAUACGUAAAGCCAUGAAUAGUUUUCUCUUUUUGAUGAUAAAAUAAAAGAUUGUAAUUGAUAGAUUAAUCUGAAAUGACUGUGAAUGUAUAUAUGGUAUAUCCUGAUUAUAAAUCAGUGUUAAAUCAUUGAAAAUCCCAGUUAUUAGUAUUAUCUAUGAUCAUUACUAUUACAUUGUUAUAGAAUUGAGCUCUUAUAUUGAUAAGUAGUAAUGUCAUUAUAGACUAAUUCAGAUUUUUAGUAUCUGGAAUGUUAACUUUAUUAAUAAUGCUUUAGUGAAUUGAAAAUGCCUUCGAAAAAGCGUAAAUAGGAUUAUGAUGAUACAAACGUAUUAGAUAUUUCUGUCUGGACAUAUUUUUUUUUAUCGCUACAACCUAAAUUAUAAUACAUUGAAAUAAAUACUUUUUAUAAUUUUUAUAAUUAGAAUAUCAUUUUUUGGAAAAACACAGUUUUCUAUUGCCACAAAUUUGGUGUAAUUAAUUCACAUUAUGUUUGUGCCAGAAACUUAAUAAUGUACUCUAAUUAUUUUUUUAUUGAAUACAAUAUAAAUAACACAAAUUGUUAUUAUUAACUUCUGAUUCUAUAUGAUUUUCAAGCCCCUUGUUUCUAAUGGAUCAUGAAUUUUAUUUUUUUUUUUUUUUUUUUUUUUUUUGUUAGUAAUAAUGGUACAUUAUAUUGAAAAUUUAAU